AUGCCACACGCUUCGUCUUGUAAACAUGGCUUCCGCUCGAUUCAGCAGCUGACGGAAAAUGUUUUGAAUUUCAAGGAUGGCUAGUACUCCGGUCUAUCUAUCCAUCUGCUGAUCUCCUACGACUAGGAGAAGCAACCUCCUGGUUAUCUCAUGGCGGUAGUAAUAAACUGGUUGCUGUGAACGAAGCGACAGCCUCAGAAUGACCAACAAGUCAUUUGCCAUUCGGGAAUUCAAUGUUGAAAGAAGAUCAAUUCCUUUGGCUAUUCAGACAUAUUUUUGGCGGCAAACUAGUCAACUUCUCAAGACAAAGCUCGUGAAAAGGCAAUAUGAAUCCGCCUGUAUCGCCUUAGAGAGAGUUAUCUGUGAGAACCGUAUCCAAGAUCUUCAGCCUAGCCUUGCCAGUGCAGUCAAGAGUGUCCCAAGAUGGUACUUCGUCCACUCUUCCGUCCCUUAUGUCAUCCAGUGCUGCGCGGCCCUGCUUUCUAACCGACACCAACUUGGAUACUUUGACAGGCUUAGCAACUCAGAGAGAGAGCUUCUUUAUACGCUACAAUGGAUCUUAUACGAAGCACCUGCAAUCUGCAAUAUAGAAGACCCAGAGAAUCAACUGCACCCAAUGACCACAAUAGAACUAUUUGUAAAUCUUUUGAUUCCACACGUCUUCAAGAUCCAUGAAAAUGAUUUGACGUUCAGGCUAGAGUAUGGCCAACAGCUGUGGAAACCAUUGUGGUCUCAUAAACUGCCCCCUCUGCCCGCUUUCACACACCAUGUGAUGUACAAAGAUCCCAAUAACCCUGAUGACAUGAGUAUGACUGGGAUCAUGUAUGAUGGGAACAGGAACAGCCGUAGCUCUAACACAUACUCGCGUAAAUCAGGAGUCCCGGACGCUUUACCUUUUAGUAGCGCUACCUUCUUUGAUGUGGCCGUUCUGCGCUGCUUGUCUUCUCCGGGGUGGUGUGAGGAGGGUGUUUAUUGGGCCUUACAGUACAUCAUUGAUUACCUCAAGCGGGAAUUCGACAUUCCCGACCCUCUCCCUAAGGCGACUUCUUCUAUGAACAGAAGUGUGUCUUGUUGUGAAGAGAUAGGGGUGCAAAUACAAGUCACCAGUGAAGACCAAACAGAUGUCGUCCAUGCGGCGCCUCCUCCAGUCGAGAGCGCCGAAGUCUUGGUUGAAUGCACAGCGGCGGAGAAGAUCGACGCGACAGAGCAAGUAGUGGAAACAGCGGAUGACUUCACCGAGGACUCAAGUGACGUGAAACUCAUUGAAAAGCCUGACGAACAUCGACCCAGCGUCACUAAGUUGAGGAUAACUGUUGAUUCACCCAUAAUGCGUCGUCGUAGCUCGCCGACUGGGGAGGCCUCGGUAGAAGGAGAGAACAGUUCCUAUUACAGGAUUUCAGUGACCCCUAGUCCUGCCACAGUCGAGCUGAUCAAUGAAACUGACCAUGUCAAGUCUGACCUCGGAAACACUAACAAUGGCGCGGAUACGGAAAGCCAAAACGGCGGAAUCGAGGGGCUGGGGCUUGCUAGAUAUGAUAGCUCAGGUUCCUUAGAGCUGAGUAUUGGUUCCGGAUCCUCCAUUCAAACCGGAAGUGACGGAGAUAGAUUAACGUUCUCGUUUAGCAGUGUAAGUCAGUUGGGGAGUGGCCAGAUCGACGGUACCGACAGUAACGAAGAAUUGAUCAAAACUAAGGGGGAUCGCCUGGAACGGGUGCGUCAACUCGAGGCUCAGUCAAGCAUAAGCAGCGACACAGAUCCCCAGUCGAAACCCCACGUACAGGAGAACGAAGUCACAGAAACAGGCAGCUCUGAUGCCGAGAAAAACUUACUUUGUGACAGCAGCAUUGUCACCCAGGAAACAGCGAUCCAAAGUGUGGAAGUGUUUCAAACUGUGGAACCUUUUAUACGUGUGAGCGCUGCGAGUAUACACGACUCAAUGUUUACCAGAACCGAGCAUUACCUCGUGUUUCCGGGAGCUGCCGAUUACAUCACGACAGACGGCCGACUAAGCGUUCUCGUCAUCCUGCAAGCCGUUAAUGGCGUAUUGAAGGAGAAUCUUAGCGCUCGUGUGUGUGGCACCGCCGUGAAGGUUUUGGAGCUUCUGACAACCAUCCAUGAACGGGAGCGCUCGCGAAAGCGUUCGAGCACCGUGUCUACAUCGUUACCCCACAUCGACGACAGAACAGUCGCCGAGACCAUCGCGGUCGGCUGGAAGACGCACCAGAGCGAGACGGUCUUGGGCCGACUCAGGACAAGCUUUUAUGGAAAGACUCCGACCAUAAACAGCUUGGCAACGGGGUGUGGGAUCCGGCUGAUUAAAGCUCUUGGAUGCCCAUUAGGCUGUGGUGAGGGUUGCCAUGCCUACAGAGGCGAUCUCCUACGCGACCAGGCCAACAACUACCUGGAGUCAUUACGUAAGCAAGACGAGCGACUCUUCAAGGCCUGGUUGCUCAACUACUCGCGCAUUGAGCCUGUGGAGGAAAUAGUGGACUUUCUGCACGCGCUACUUGGGUUUUGCGAGGAUGGUGGCGGGUUUGGCGGUGACGAAGAGGGGUUUUGCAUGAUGCCGGCAGAGGAGGAGGUCAAGAAGAAGCCAGAAAAGCCGAAUUUGUUCGCGAAUAAAGAAGGCGUCGAGUCUAUUGUGGUGGACGUCCUCCUGAAACCGUUGACCAGUAGAGUGGCAGAGAUGAAGCUCAACGAUCUAGAUAAUUUGACUUUUUAUGGUGAGCUUCGGCAGUUGCUACGAUACAUCAAAGAAAACUACGGUGGGGCAUUCUGGAAGGUCGCCAUGAGUGGACUGUUGGAGUGUGCUUUCAAAGGGAAACCAGUAGAAACAGCAGAAGUGAUCCAGCCUACUCCUGCAGUAACCGUGACCUCUAAAGAGCCAGUGGUGGCGACGUGCAAAGCCGUCAAGAAAGAGAUGAGCAUUCGAGAGAAGAUGACGCCCAAGGCGACCAGACGCAAGUUCUUCAAAGGCCAGAAAACCAAACACGAGGAGAGCGACAUAGACUUGAGGUCAAUACACUCUGCGACGUCUUUUAGCAGCUGUAAAGUCACUGCUGAUGGCACUGCAGUCAAGGACACCCUUUCACCGAGAUCUAAGAGAAAGAAUUUCAGCCUGAGCGCAUGGCGGCGUAAGGGGGCCAUCGGCCAGACAUACGACAGCGACGACGAGGACGACCCUAACGAUCCUAACAGCCAAGCCAUGAGUCUGAAAAGAAAACUGUUCAAGGAAAAAAGCCGAAAACGCAUCGAAGAGGUGUUCCCUUCAGCCGUGAAAAACUCACGCAAGAAACUCUGCACAUCGUCCUCUUCGUCUUUACAGGAGUCGCCGACUAUUGACAUAGUGGUACAGGAGUAUCAGCGCAAGCCUGUGGAUAUCACAGCUCUGAGGGAAGGACUCAUCCGCCUACGCUUCCUCAUGAAGGGUACUCAGCCUGGCGCAGUUCCUGACCCACAAAUCGUCGCUGCUAUGCUAGACCUGGAAGCGCCAGUGGUGGCCCGUGCUGCACUUCUCCUGGAGUGCGCGUACUUCGUUCAUCGCUGUAAUCGCGGCGAGUGGCCGAUGUGGCUGCGCGCAAACCAGUCAGGAUUCGCACAGAAACGCGCCAAAACCUUCUCACUCACUACCCCUAAGCGUAACCUUGAAGCCAUGCACGAGGCGGGGGUCCUGUUCCAUAAAUGGGGAGUGGCCCUGGGUCAGAAACUCGAGAUGGUGCUGAAGAAGAGAAAAAAUACGGCGCCGAAUCUGCAGGAAGAGGAGAGAAGAAGCAACACGAGGCUGGAUCUGUUGGAAGAAGAAGUGGAUGAGGAUUUCAUGGACGAAGGCACAUUGAGCGAGGCAAGUCGAGAGUGUCCUUACGCGUUAAAAAUGGCCGCGUGCCAGUUGUUGAUCGAGAUCACCGCGUUUUUGCGGGAGAGCCACGGAAUGUACCAGAUCCGACGCGACAGCAGACAAAUGGCGGGGCGAGGUAGUAGGGGAAAGAGCCUGAUUGGCGCAGAAAAACGAAGGUCUACUCAUUUCUCGGACCAGCCGCAUAACCGGCUCAGCGGAUUGUUUGGCGGAGGGGAGCGAAUCCGCAAGCAGAGCGCAAUAAGCCAGGGUUCUGUCCCGUCCGACUUUAGCAGCUCUUUGAGCCCGGGACGAUCCAGCCCUCAUGAGCCCCCGGUAAUCAUGGUACAAGACCAGGAAGGGCGUGCCGCGGACGACUCCAUGCUGCUUGUUAGGCGCGCCUCUGAUGCCGGCAGGGUGCGGAAGCUGUCCGACUGCGGGAUAGGCAUGACAACCGAUCCCCUCCUCUCCCCCAAGAGGAGCAGUCUGUACCUGCCCAAGACCAGUGUGGGGAACGCCAGUCCCAGGCUACCCAGCAGACAGCCGAGGCACGGUACUACCGGCGACAAGCGACGAACAGCAAGCACGCGUAAACGGCCGAGUGGGCCUGGGAUGAGUGGAGAUUUCGGCGGCUCGGAUGACGAAUCAGAAGACGAGGAAACGAAUCGCUUCCCAUGGCUCACCGCGGUCAUCUUGUUAAAUAGCUCUACGUCAUAUUUGUGCGACCAUCAAUCCAGGUGUCCGCCUAACUGCCACCAGCGCCAAAAGCGAGUCUGCUCCCGGCUUGUCAAGGCUUUAGAACACGUGUAUACCGGACAGGCGGACAAGUCGGACGCUAACAAGACACGCGGCUUAGAGAAGUCCCGUAGUAAACCGGGGUUCAAUCUGGCUAGCAUGCAUAUGGGUUCUCCUCAGCACGGCGCGGGCUCGGGAGAUACACACGGCAAGAAGGACAAGGAUGACAAUAACAUGCUUGACUUUAUUAAACACAAGCUUUGCGGCUUGACGCAUUGUGCGUUCUCCCUCAUUGCCAAGGCUGGCACAGUCAUAGAGCAGGAGCUCCUGGAGGAGACACUACCAGUGGCCUGGGAACUACUCCUAGACGAGGACCAACAACUUGUCUCUGCCGCCGCUGCCGUGUUUCUGCUCUCCGGUAUCCGUUUGCGCAGUAAAGUGGAGGAAAUGCUAUACAAGGAGCUCACAUGCAGUGAUGCGGAUGAUCGAGUCAACUCGUUGCUAAGGUAUGAGGUGCUGUGGCAGUCCAGGUUCCACGCGUGGCCUCGCCUCGAGGAACGAGCAAGCUUUGUGCUGAAGGUCCCACCACCUCGAGUUGACUUCACCUUACCCUCCCCUCCCCUGGGAAUCCAGACCCAACACGUGCCUGACUGUCCGUGGGAUCCCUUACUCAUGCUGGAAGAGCAGCCUGGGAACAGGAAGACGAAGAGCAAAGGCAACAAGAAAGUGAAGGAGGCGGAGGAAGCGGAAGCCAAGAGGAUACUUCGUGCCCAGUUCCCCCUUAGGACUGUGCCCGUGUCUAUAGAGGCGACCAUGGGGUCUGGGGAGGAGGAGAAAACAGGGCGUAGGCAGAGGCGCAAAAGUACCCACGCUAACUGGGAGCUGAAUGUCUUUCCGCGCAUGCUCGAGGAUAUGACCGCUGACGGCGAGUCUCAUCAGGUAAAUGCGGACAUGUGGCCAGCGGCUUUCUCUUCAGCCGUUCCACACAUCAUACGACUGUUGGACGAUGUUCUCGUAGAUACCAACAAAACCGCAGUGAUGACCGUUGCUUACCGACUGGUGUGGAACUCUCUGAUUGAGGAUCCCGUCCUUUUCUUCCGUACCAUCCUGGAGGAAGUCACCAAGAAGGACAAGCAGGAGAGUCACAUUUGCCUGAUAAAGAAGCUCUUUAUGUACAUUGAUCAACUGCCACCGGCAUCGGCGAGGUUUCUUCUCAAUAAUCUGGUUGGUGUCGCCAUGUAUUACGCUCGAACCAACAAGCCUGGUGCCCAGGACUCUGUGGCGCUCGUCUUGUCCUUGACGUGGGAGCUUGUACCGAGCGUCAAAGGCCUGUUCUUGAAAGACAUCAAGCAAUGCCUGAAAAAGGAACAUUGCGACGCUGCCAUGCUGAUCUUUGCAAAUGUCCCUGGUGCAAAGAAACUCGCCGUCACGUGCUGCAACACAGAAUCCAUGUCCGAGAAGAUCCCGGUCAACGAGGAAAUGACGUUCAGUAAAGUGAUCUCUUACCUUCGCACGCGCUUCAACCUGAACGAGCGGGACUUGUGGCUUAUCGACACUAAGUCAAAGCAAUUACUGGAAGAGCGUGACUAUGUGCGUGACGUGUUUGCGCACCGAAAAGGUUUCCCCAGUCCCCAGCUCAGCUUGGAGCACGUGGACCCGGAAUCCGCAUUCCUAUUACGGCAGGCUCAGGCGUUUACUUCUAAACUUGCGGACACUGGGCGGAUCGCAAUGUGCCUCGCCAUUCUCAAGGCCGUUCCCAACCAGAAACACUCCUCCUUUCUGCAUGGCGAGUUCAGCCGACAGACCUCGUUCCCGCGAAAAGCUCUGGAUAGUGAUUUCGCUCUGUACAGUGGUGGAGUGAAGGGCAAGGAGCUGUUUGGUAUGGACGUGAUUCACAAAAUCUAUUGGGUCAAGCUUGUGGCCGCGUUGUUUCAGUACACACCUAGCGACUUCCCAUGGGGUCCCGCGGACCUGAAUUUAUUCAUCAACGUGAUCAAUGGUGCAAUUCUCCUUCACUGUGAGGACGCGGCUAUGAUUCGUCUUGGCAUCGCUUCACUGAUCAACAUUGCAAUUCACUUUUCACAUAUCUUUGCCGGCGACGGAUUCCAUUUCGUGUUUCCAUCCCUGCUUCAAGUCUACGCUCAUCACCAGGGAAACGACAUGGUGACGCGAGCUAUUGAGUUCGCAUUGAGUCAAUUCUACGCACUUCACCAAAAGCCGUGUCUGCUUCAGCUGUUCGCGAGUGUUGCGCCGAUUCUUCUAUUGGAGACGCGACUCGAAGAUGCUACCGAACUCGAGCCAGAUGAUCCUACAGCCCUGGUCCCCCCGAAGUGUCUGUACACAUUGCUGGCCUCACUGGACAAGAACGUCCCGGAUGAACUAGAUAUUCUUGAAUUGGUCCACGCCGACAAGCCACUCAAAGCGAUGGACUCGUGUUACGGGAACGAAAUCGACGCACCCGGGGAGAGUAAAGUAGAUAUUGCGUUACGACUUUGCGUGACAGUAGUGGACUUUGCCCCCGAGUCCAAACGCGCGACACAAAUGAUGGUCGUGUUGUCUGCUAUCUUGCCGUAUUAUCUCGAGUCCCUGUCGGAAGAGAGCGAAAAUGGUGACAUGGAGGCGACCAAGAAAGAAGCGGCAGCCAUCAGCGCGCUCUGCACCUCCAUCAACGUGUUGAUCAAGAGUUCGGACGUCCUGACCAGGUCAUUCGUGCAUUUUCAAAGUUUCAAGUCCAUGACGGAUCGGUCUGAGCGCCAGGCGGGUCACAGUCAGUGGGGUUCCACCACGUCACUCAACAUCAGUCGCGGCAGCGUCAGCAGCUAUGACGUGGCGCAUGGAGAAGACGACGACGACGGGGAUGGGCUGCACCGCGAACGCCCGCUGCUUGAGCGACUGCGGGCUCAGGAGGCGAAAAAUGAAGUGAUGGAGGCGCUGGAACAGUACCGUAAGCCGCGUAAUGCACUUCUCGUACUGGUAGCCGAUUAUGUGAGUAUCUGCACACGACGAGUGGAGGAGAUCCGCAAAGUGCUUCCCACCAGACAGGCCUUGCCGGACUUACUGGACGAUAUCAGUAUUAUCCUGUUAGCAGAGAUCAUGUAUUCGCUUAUGAAACUGGCGGUGUAUGAUCCCAUCACAAUGAACAGUCCUGGGGUACAAAGGUACAUGCUGCAAGCGUUACCUUUAAUUGACUGGUCGCCAGAUGCAGUUGAGCCCGCGGUAAAUCUUGUCCUCAAGCGUCUCAGUAAGAUCUUCAACAAGCUCAUCCAUAAGCCAGACCUUGUGCGAAACAUCGAGUGGAAAUCGCUAGAGUCAUACGUUAGAGGUAUCUACCUGGUUCUCUGUCGACAGAAGUUUAUCGCUAAAUCGCAGUACCUUAAGGCGCUUGUCACCACAUGCAUGAGCUUCGUUCUCGAGGAGCGCCCAACCAUCACCAUCUCUCUCACCGCCUUCCUACCAAUGGCGCCCAUAUGCGCUCCUCCCCAGUACUUCUCCGACACCAUCAUCAAACUCGCUUCCCGUCUGAUGCACGCGCUCAACAAUGACUUCACGCUGAAGGAGCUGUGCGGUGGAACCACCAAUUUCGGUAGUCCACUCAGGACGGAGAAGAUGUUUUUGAGAGUGUUGCUACCCAUCUGCAUACGUCUGGGAUCCGGAAGAGCAGAUGCGCCGAAGGCCUCCCCCGAUGAUGUAGCGUUCGCGCUCAAGUGCUUCCUCCGAGUGAUCACCACUAAGAAUGGCGAGUACCAAGGCGCCCCGACCACACGCCUGUCAAUCAUGCUAGAGGAGGAGUCUGACGGGCCGCGCCAGCUCGCGUUCGAUGACCCUUUCCUGACGGGCGGCUCCAAGGAUGAUAUUCCGGACAGUCUAUACCAGGCCGCAUACUUAGGGAUGAAGCUUCUCAUUGUAUGUUUUGAGGAUCAGCUCGCGACAGAAUGGCAUUUGAUUUUUAGCGCUAUCGACAAAGUCGUCGACAACGAGAUGUGUGGGCUUGCUUUCUGGGACUUCAUAGACUUCGCCAUUUCUCAUCGCUCGCCGCUUUAUCUUAUGCUUCUACCCUUGAUUCAAAUCAAGGCUUCGGUGAUCAAACAUCACACUCACGCCGAACGCACUCACAAACUACAAGUGAUCGAGAACCUAGCCAGACCUCAUCACGCGGCGCGCUGCAAGAACGCUAUCAUCCAAAAAUUCAUGGACGAGCUUACAGCCAUCAAAAGCAGACGCGCAGCUAAAGACGAAGAUGAGGACCUGAAUGAUGACGAUGACAUGAUGAUGCUCAACUCACCACCACAGCCACGCAGCAGUGUGAAGAGUGAGAGUGAAGUGGAGGUGGUAGAGGGCGAGGAUACCGGUGCGCAGCCCAAGCAACCCAAGAAGAUGGUCACCUUCUCCCCUCACACAAGCUUCGACGAAAGUUCAAUCCCACCAAAGUCACCGACAGGUUCUGAGGCUAGCUGGACCAGUCAGGACCGCAGAAAGAAGUGGCUGCAACAUAAGCAACCCACUGUGGAGUUCAGCCCGGACAGCAGUCCAUUCAGCCACCAGAGGGGCACAGCCUUGAAGAAGUCGGCCGUCCGGAGGGGUUCGGGUCGGUCCAAGACCCUUCCUGCCGGGUCCCUGUCGUUUGACGAGAUGGGCGUGGUCAGGGAAUCCCCGGACGAGGCCGAAAUGGCGAAGAGUUUAUCAUUACCGGACAACCUGGACAGCACUGAGACACUGGACGAAGAGAACCUUGGGAAUGUUGUUUCCAUCGAAACAGGUCAGGACCCUAGUAACAAGGAAAUCGUGGAGGACGAAAAUGCAUUGUGUACUGAGAUUGCAGAAGAAAGCAUCAGCAUUCAUGUUACUACAGAAGUCCAGGAAGCCCUUAAAAACCAGGUUACCACGGUAUCAGACCAACAACACAAGGACAACGCUGAUAUGGAAUCUGACCCGAAUCAAAAUAAGCCAAAUGUUGAGAGUGAUUUGGGAAUUUCCGUACAGGAGCAAAGGAAUGUUGACAAACCGGAAUUGGAUGCCAAGAAAGAAGACACCAGUCUCACUGAAAACGAAACUGAAUCCAAGCCCGCUUUUCGAAUCAACGAUAAUCUCCAGUUCGUAAUAGAAAUUUCAGAGAACGUAGAUAACCGAACAGUACAAAGGGAGGAAAAGUGUCUACUGGACACUGGAACGAUACGGACGGACCCGGAGUCAAUCCUGGACCAUUUGAAGGAGACGAUCAUCGAUGAUAACGAUGACGAUGAUUAUGAUGAGCCUCUCAAAGAUACAGAGCAGGAUAUAUUUUCGUCCGGUUCUAGUCCGGUCAAGUCCGGACUCGAAGAAUCGGACGAGGAGUUUCUUGACGCGAUGUCCGAGUGGCCAAAAGAGGUGGCGUCCGUGCUGGCGAGACUAGACUCACGUGACCAUGACUAUGAGGACUGGGAUGAGGAGGAAGCCGCAGCAGCUGUCAAUCAAGAUGACGUCAUCAUCCCGUUGUCGCCUCCCGCUGCAUCUAGGGAAGCCAAGAUGAAGCUUGACGGUAUAACGACUUACUCGCCCUCCCCUCCCCGUCAUGAAUCUUUCCUGCCCCUGGAAUCUAAAUCCUUAACCAAUUACAACGCCAGCCGGGAGUCCUGUGGUGCGUAUCGAGAUUCAGGUGUGGAUGUUCAGGAGAAUGAGAACUCGCCCACGCACAAACCCUACCGGAAUGGACCCCAGGAUGGACCGAGUCCGGACAGUUUCCCUAACGGACAAGCUGGUAACCGAGACAUAACCGGUUUGGUUCCAAACGGUCCCGUCACUACUGCUCGUUGCGACUCCUCGCCGGACAUUUUAGAGUCGAUUAAACCCUCGCCUCCCGUCCAACCGUCCUCCUCCGUGCACUCAGCCAAGCGGUCAGUACCGUCUUACGUCAUCAAUAUUACCGGUCCUUUCACCGAACGCGUGGCAAAUAAGGGCCAGGGGAGGACUAAGUUAUGGCAUCGGCUGUACGCAGAGACUAAUCACCAUGGUAACAUGGUGCCUCUUGCGUCAGAAGAGGACAUCUCGGCGGAGCUUGCUGUCGACUUUAGUAGCGCGGCUUACGUGGACAACUCGCGAGAAACAAACGUGUAGCGCGCACAGCUCGCGGGAAGAGAAAUUUGUUAAGUGUUCAACUCGUGAUAGAUUAAAAUUAUACGGAAAACUUUCGAGGGAGGAACGUGUAGGGUGUACAACUCGCGAGAAAGACAUAUGUAAAGUGUAAAUUCAGGAGAGAAAAACACGUUGAAGGCAACCUUGCGAGAUACGAGCGCAUUUGAAGCUAUCAGACCUCGCUGGAAUUGGUUAUAGAUAUCCUAAUUAACUUAUGUAACUUUUGCUUGAAAUAUAGCUUAUCAGAUUUACUUACUUUCCGGAGAAUACCGGUCUUUAAUAGUAACUAAUUUGGCCAUUUCUUCUAAACAGAUAAAAUAGUUUGUAGCGUGCCAGCGACGCCCUUGUAUAUAAAUACCGUAAAUAUCUCAUUUUAGGCUAGAGAAAAUUAUUCUAGUAAAUGUAUCAAAGUAUAUAGAAAUUAAGAAAAAAACGCGUAUUAAAGGUUUAUAUUCCCGCUA